CUGACAGACCCAGCGAGAUGAAUCCCAAGGGGGAAAAGCCGAAGUCGAAGAUUUCGGCUUCUCGCAAGCUCUCCCUCAAAAUGCUCCUCCUCACAAGAGCCUGUGAGGAUUUGGAGAGGGAGAUACAGGAUAGGGAGGAAGAGAAAGUGCGCUAUCUAGGAGAGAAGUUGCCCCCUCUGCAAAUGUCUGGAUUGUCAAUGGUCGAUCUACAAGGUCUUUGCAAGCAGCUUCAUACAAAAAUUGAUGUUGUGGAUGAGGAGAGAUAUGACUGCGAAUCCAAAGUGAACAAACACAACAAAGAUAUCCAUGAGCUGAAGCUGAAGGUACAGGACCUUGGAGGCAAGUUCAAAAAACCUGCCCUUAGAAAGGUGAGGGUGUCAGCAGAUGAGAUGAUGAGAGCUCUCCUGGGCUCCAAACACAAGGGCUCGAUGGACCUCAGAGCCAACCUGAAGUCUGUGAAGAAGGAGGAUUCCAAACAGGACAAGGUGCUUACCAGUGAAGUGGGUGACUGGCGUAAGAAUGUGGAGGCCAUGUCAGGCAUGGAGGGCCGUAAGAAGAUGUUCGAUACAGCUGGUGGUGGACAGUGAGACAGUCAUUGAGGAUGAGAGUAAUCAACUAAAAGCAGGGAAAAUGAAGUUGUCUAAUUGGCUAAUUGACUUGAAUGUAUGUAUGUAUAACCCCCAGUACAUCAGCCUUGCCUCCAUUUGCAUGACGGCCAUUUUCUGUGCAAUGACUCACAACACUUAAAGAAUAGUGUAGGAUGAGUAGAGACUCGUUUUUUUUAUAACCAAAGAUCAAUAUUUUGUUUUGUUAUAUCAUUCAAUCUGUAGUAUUAGUGGAAAUGAAUAAAGAGAUGGUUUCAGUCUUU